AUAGUUCUUUGAGCUGCUUCAGUGUUUUAGUUUAUUUCCUUCUUGUCCAUCAUCAGAUCUACAUGAAGCAGCAGCAAGACCUGCAGUUUCUGCAUUUCAGCUUGGAGAGUUCUCAGGAAACCAAGCCAAAACCCAAAAAGGAGGCCCACGAAGCUAGCAUAGAGAUGGUUUUGUUAGAUCUCGAGAGCAGCAGCAGCAGAGAGACGGUCUGUAGCGAAACCUGUCAGAAGGCACCUGCCCCGUUCGCGCACGCUCCCAAAAGCAGCUUGCAAGCUACAUGCCCCACGUGCAGAGCUGGGAAUAGGCAGCAGGCACAAGUCUCAAGCUGCGAGGAGCGACUCUUGGCAAACUUGGAUCUGUUUCAGGAAGGGACGUUUGGCAGUUCAGGGACUCUGCCUAGGGAAGAGCGGAACCCGGAUGGGCCCUUGAGAGCUGACAGAGCGGAGAGCGGACCUGCUUCACAGGCAGAUGGCACCUGCAUGGUGGACAGCAGGGAAUUUGCUCGGGGGACUGAGCGAAACCCUGUCCCCGCUUUGCCAAUCCACGAGCACUGGCUGCCGCUAGAUUCCUUCACGGAGCCUGCGAAUGGCCAUAGCCCCACAUGGAAGCUCUCGGACACAUUUGACCGGGGUUGUAACGCUGCAGAGACAGAACCGGUUGCGACUCCGAGUGGCCGAAGUCCCCUGAACUCUCCCCGUCUGGCCAGAGCUCUGGAUGCCGGCUGCUGUUGUUGCUGCUCUGGGAGCGAAACCUUCCAGCCCGUGACUGACCAAGAGUGGAUCCAGAUUUUCAAGCCAGCCAAAGCACAAGGAAACAUACAGCACGGAGCUCUUUUCAGCCAUCCCCAGGCUAGUUGUGGAAUUAGAAGCACCAAGCCAGAAAGUGACCAUGAUGUGGACCUGACUUUGUCGGAUUUGGGCGCUCCCUGUUUGACAUCGACACAGAAGGCCAGCGGUCCCAAGAGGCACGAGAAGCCGUUUGAGUUGGAUCUCUCCCCCAAGCUCACAAGCACAAUGGAUGUCCAGGCGAUGAAUGGAUGCUGCCAUCCUGCCAUCCACUAUGAUUCCUGCUCACCCACCAGUAAACUUCAGAGACUACUGGCAGAGUCCCGACAGAUGGUGGCUGACCUGGAACGCAGCAACCUUCUCCACGCUACUCCUGGCUGCAGUCCCAAGGAUGCCAGUACCCAAGUGGGUGAGGGAUAUCCAGGGAUGUCACCCACUGCCGAGGAAACCCAAGCGAAGCUUUCUCUCUUCUCUCUCUGAGCUCCGGUGAGGACUCCACCUUCCCCAUCACUGUGUUGCAGACCACCUUUUGGGAGAUGAUUCUGCCCUCAUGUGAAGAUCUGCAUUGUGUGGAAGUUCCACGAACAGCCGUUCUUCCGUUGCUGCUAUCCAUCUUGGAACACCUUGCAUGCCCGGGACCUGGAUCGAAAUGCUGGCGCUUAUUCCCCUUCCCUCUACAUAGAUACAUUUAAAACUUAAAAUUAUGGGACAGUUAAUGAAAGCAACUUUAGGGAACAACCACCCUAAGAUGAAUUGGGGAGUACAUUUUUGGAAGAUUUUAAAUAUGUUGUUCUCAUUUUUUUAAAAAAAGAAAUGCAUUUAUGCCGCUUUCCCCUAUUUUUGUACAAAUACUUUGAAUUUAUAGUAUAAAAACAAAUUGUUCGUU